CAGUCGCUUGCCGAGUCUCCGUUCAGCUGGUCGAGCAGUCUUCGAAUCUUGAAAAACCGAAAUUUAAAGAAAACAUCGUUGUACGCCAAGGCAAAGUGCUAAUAAAUCGAGCAAAAUGCGCUGCCUGGCAUUGAGCGCAGUUUUUUUGUGCCUGGCUCUGGCCGGGCACUUUCAUUUGUCAGAUGCCUACAAGAACGAGGUACAGAUCACCCCGGAUCCGCUAGACGCGGUGGAGACGACGACCAAGAAGUCCAGCUGGUUUGGUGGAUUCAAGAAGUUCUUUGGCAGUGAUGGCACUACCACUACCACCAGCACGAUUGCUCCACCGGUGGUCACCAGUCCGAAAUCGGUGGUGGUUACACCCACGGCAGCCAACAAGCCACCGCCAUUGGUCAUCUCGCAUGCGCCACUGAUGCCGUUGGGACCGCGACCCGAUACGCCGGGAUCCUCACCUUUUGGCGGCUCCCAAAAUCCGCAGACGCCACCUCAGUGGCCAUCGAGCACCAGAGCAACGCCAUCGCAUCCAUCGCAACCCUCACAGCCAGCUCAGCAGCCACCGCUGCCUGGAUUCGCCUCCUAUCGGCCACAGAAACCGCAGCCGAAUAGCUACGAUCUUAGCUACGGUGGCGGUCCACAACCAGCACCAGGAACUGGACGUCCUGGUUUUGGGCUGGGCAUUAGCAGCACUACGAGCACCACGACCACCGCGAAGCCCAUCACCAGCACCACAGGUAAGACACCGCAGCAGAAGGAGGAUUUCCCGGCGCUGCCAGGACCUCGGAGGCCAUCCCAAAAAGAGGACUUCCCAGCUCUGCCGGCGCCCAAAACUCCACCAGGCUCGCCAACGCCCACACCGGGAUCUCCUUCGGCUUGGCAAUCGCCGUUGCCAACGCCCCAGCAUCCUGUGCAUCCGCCAACCAAGGCUACUUCGGCGGCCACGCCUACCCCGACACCAACGCCUUCCUUCUCUUCCUCGGUAACGCCCACUCCCGCCCACGGAGCUUCAGUAGGACCACACAAGGUCGGAGGUGGAGGUGGCGGCACAACCACAGUGCGACCCGGUUUCCAGUCGUCGGGCAACUCGGUGGCCACUGAUGACGAGAUCCGACAGCUGACGGAGCAACUGUACACCAAGGAGAGCAACAGCCAGAUCGGUAACAUCCAAGUGAAUCUGCAGGGACGCACGCGUUCCAUCGACAGCGCCGAUGAGGCACCCAAUCCACUUUUGAGUGUGGACUCGAAAGCCCUCGAAUCCCCGACGAUCGUCAAGAUGCGACUGCUGUUCAACAACUACGAGCACGACACCCAUGUCAACGAGCAUGUGACUCCCAACGAGCGCAAGGAGGAGAACGACUUCCUGGACGCAGUGAUGGCCACGCCGGUGAUGCGACAGGCCAUGCUCUUCCUGCAGCAAAAGGGAGUAGUUAGUCCCGAUCCGAAGACCCACCGCGAUCUGGUCAAGGAGCUGUGGUUCACGCAGUACUCGCGCGGUCAGGGCAAGAUCGGCAGUUCCGGCUUCGAGCACGUCUUUGUCCACGAGGUGAAGGACGGCACCAUUAUCGGAUUCCACAACUGGGUCUAUAUUGGCGAUGAGGAAAAGGACGGUCGCUUUGACUACAAGGGAUAUAUGAAGGAGCAGGACAUUGGCACGAAGGGCAAAAUCGUGAAGAUCCGUUUCUCGCAUCAGGGACUCAAUAAGCCAGUGAACACUGUGUUUGUGGGCACCUCUCCGGAACUGGAGCUUGCCCUGUACACCGUCUGCUUCCAACUACGACCGGAUCGCACCUGUCCCGUAUCCUUGGGCAAUAGCAAGUUCGGCAUCGUCACCUAUUCGUGGCGCUACCGGGGAAAGAACCUCAUUGGCAGCGCCUAUCCAGAGAUUUGAGGCAGCGAUCAACGUUCGUGCCUCUCGUAGUCAUCGUAGAAUUUUUUUUUCUGUCGCUUUAAUGAAUAAAGUUAAUGUGUGAAAUUAUAA